AGCGGGUCGGAUGCAUUCGGAAAAACAAUGAAUGAGAUACUAAAAAAUAUAAUAGAUAUCGUUAAUAAUAAUGGAAAUGGAUUUAAGUAGCUAUUUAUUUGCAGUUUCAACGAGUUUCGUCGUUCACUGUUGAUAAGUUGUAACGCGUUGGUAUAAUUAGUACAGUUAGCAAAAGCUCAUGCUAGCAGGCUAAACUCGGCAGACCGAUGUUAACGUUGGUGUCGUCUGAAUGAAUACCGUUAAAUGCUUUUGGACACUCUCUUUCACAACUUUGGCGUAUUAGCACGGUUUAUAGCUCAGACAUGGCGCCAGUAAAACCCUUAUUUCUGAAGACAUACGGUGGGGGGAGGCGAAAGCUGUCUGCCUGGAUCUCUCCUGAAAACCGUAAGCAGGCCUUCGACAGCACCCGCUCCACAGACGGUGACAUCUCUGUGUUUGAACCCGCAAAACCUGCCAGAGUGAGACAGAGGACUAGUGUUGCUAGUCGUAGAGCGAGGCGUCCUGCCAAGACGAAGGCCAUGCUGUGUCUGUCUGAAAAGGUCUGUGAUGAGGAGAACACCCUGUCUCCUCUCUGUCCUCAACCUGCACAGCAGACCAAGACAACCAGAGCGAGGAAGACGAGUGUUGCCUGUGACAGAGCAGUCCGUCCUGCCAAGAGGAAAGCCAUGUUAAGUGUGACGGACACCAGCAGUGAUGAGGAGAACAUCAGGCCCUCUCCUCCCUGUCCUCAGCCUGCUCAGCAGAGCAAGACAUCCAGUGGUAAUCUUCCUUCUGCCGGUCGCUUUGUAACCCGCCGCAGACGUGCCACCGCCACCAAACCCAAACUCCCUAAAGCAACGCCCAGUAUACUCAACUCAUCAGAUGACUUUACUCCCGGAGCGUUCGGCUCCAGCAGGAUUCUUCGGCCUUGUAGGAGGAGGAGGAGAGCCCCCCCAGUAUUUAUUGUGUCGAGUGCGGAGAACUCAGUGAAUGCCACAGGGGCUACCAGCUUUGCCACCAACCUCCUCCGAGAAAUCUCCCUCAACGAGUCGACAGAUCACAGCCUCGCACUCUGCACCAGGAAACCCAUCUUCUGCUCCACACCCUCAGCAGCCUCCUUCAGCAAACGGCCGUGCCUUACAAACCUGUCUGUCACUGAUCGAUCUUCCUCCCCAAGUCAUAUUGAUGUUUUGAGCACAUUUCAAGAAGACGGAGAUUCAAGGGGGCGGCCGAUCUCCCCAUCAUGUCCUGCACCAACCAUCGGGCUUCACUCUGAGGAGAAGCCACAGUCGAGCCUUGACGGGCAGGAACCAGAUCUGCAUCAUCACAAAGAACCGUGUGGUGAUUUGUUUACAGAGCCCAAGAGCACCAACAAGAGCUGCAGUGAGGAAGACAAACAAAUCAAGACUGAACUAAGUCUGAAUGUGCUCUCGACAGAUGACAGUGAAAGCAGCAGUCGUUUUGUGUCAGCAGCAGGAGGGCUCGAGUGGCUGAUAGAGGCUCUGAAGGAGAAAUGUUUAACCGAUCAAUGCACCGUGCAGCUGGAAAGAUUAAACAACCUCACCGUGUCUCAGCUGUGCGGUCAGACAACCUACUCAUCCUGUUUGGGACAUUCAAGCUCAGACCACAGCUGGCACAUAAAUGAACAUAUAGACAGCUGUCCAACUAAUGACCUUUCACAGUCACAACCAUCAGUCCAUCUUCAUUCAUCUGUGACGAACUUAACAAGCAGCGAUUCUGUACAGUCAGGAAAAAGUUUCGAGCCUUCUGAGCUUGCAGCCACAGUGACUUCAGCUGAACACUCAUCCACACAGGAGCAGUCAGCAGUACUUUAUGUUGACUCUACCCACCACACAGACAGCAGCGUUGAUUGUAUCAUGGGUACACAAUCACUGUCCGACAGCUCUGUGCAAACACUGUUCACUGGGGACAGAAGUCUUACUAAAAAAUGCACAGUUCAGCUCAAAAAAAUGUCUUUGUCACAACUGAAAUCAGGUGCAAGCAAGACUGAAAUUGACCUCACACAUAACACAGAGGACACAGAAGAUCUCCCAUGUGCAGAAGAAACCUCUGAGGGGAUGAUGGCAUCUUUUAGCAGCAGUUCUGUAGCUCAGACACAGUCUAAUGAACCAGAAAGAGAAGAAAAGGCAGCGGCGCUCACAACAAUGCUGAAGGAGAAAUGUCUCACUGGCAAAGUCGACAUUGAGAUAAAGAGACUAACUUUAUCACAACUGAAAGAAAUUCUGCAGCUUGAGGACACAACACUUAAAUCACCCACAGAUGCAUCUGACUCUGCCAGUGAGGCCCAGACAAAGAGUGACCACCAGUCAGAGAGUGACACUAAUCACCGUAAUGAAGAAACUUCUGCCAACAAGAGGAAAAAGAGAGGCUCAUCUAGCUCUGAAGACAAGGUCGCUUCAGACAAAGACGGAAAGAACGUUAGCAGCAGCAUCCCCCACAAAAGAAAAAAGAUGUCUUUGGCUCCCAAAGAAAAGAAAAGGAGGAGCACGUCCACGGACAGGCCUGGGACGUCCAGGAAGGCGUGCGUGAGCGGGAUGAGCGUGAGUCGCUGGAAGAACAAAGGCAGCGCCAGCAAGCACACGUUCAGAGGCAGGACUGCACAGACGGGAGGGAACAAGACCGUGGACUGCAGUAUCAGUGAGCUGAUCUCCACACAACACAAACAGCCACGGGAGCUGUUGGGAUCUACCAUGAAUUUCUCCACCCCGCUGAAAGCGAGUCGCCUCAACCUGUCGUCCCUGUUGGCUGACUUCACUCCUAACAGCACACACACCUGGAGCCGACUCAAAGCUGCGCUCUCUGUUCAUCGCAAGGGCAUGGUGCUACUCACUCCGCGUAGUUUAGGUGUGUCGAUGUCAGGCUCACCCCAAAGAGCAGAGUUGGCAGAUAUCAGCCAGGACCUGUUUGCCACACCCUUUCGGACACCACUCUCCAGGCAUAUGCGGUCCCAGCUGCCGAGCUGCUGCUCUCCGAGUGUGUGUGAGGAUGCAGAUCUGUCGGAUGCAGAGAAGGUGUACGCUGAGUGUGGCCAGCAGCGCCCCCUGCCAUGGGAGGAGUGUAUACUCCCGCAGCGUAUGAAACAGUGUGUGAAGAUCGGGGAGGGGACGUUCGGCGAGGUCUUCUCCACCACCAACGCUUCAGGAGACACCGUUGCACUCAAAAUCAUACCAGUAGAGGGCAGUGAGAAGGUGAAUGGAGAGGAGCAGAAGACCUUUGGAGAGAUUCUCCAUGAGAUCAUUAUCUCAAAGGAGCUGAGCAGCCUGAAAGAGAAGCAGCAGAACAAAACACACGGAUUUAUUGGACUCAACGAUCUCCACUGCGUUAGAGGCUGCUACCCUGCCGAUUUCCUGAAUGCCUGGGACACAUUUGACCAGCAGAAAGGCUCCGAGAACGACAGACCAGAUUUCUUUGAAAAGGAUCAGUUAUUCAUAAUCCUGGAGUUUGAGUUUGGAGGCAUCGACCUGGAGAACAGCAAUGGAACGCUGACGUCUUUGGUGGUGGCGAAGAGCAUCCUCCAUCAGGUCACUGCUGCCUUGGCUGUUGCUGAGCAGGAGCUCCACUUUGAACACAGGGACCUUCACUGGGGCAACGUGCUGGUCAAAACAACCAAGAAAAAGAAGGGGCACUUCCUCCUGAAUGGAACGGCCCACUCUCUGGAAACUAAAGGGGUGCUGGUCAGCAUCAUUGACUACUCUCUGUCCAGACUAGAAAUCGAUGAUCUGACGGUGUCCUGCGAUAUCUCGACGGACGAGGAGCUGUUCAUGGGCCAGGGAGAUUACCAGUUCGACAUCUACAGACUAAUGAGACAGGAGAAUGGAAACAACUGGAGUAACUACCACCCCCACACCAAUGUGCUGUGGCUGCACUACCUGUGCUCCAAGCUGCUUUCUAUGAAGUACCGGGGCACAGGAGGGAGGGGUGCCAAGGGCAUGCGAGAGGAGCUCACUCGUUUCUAUGACAACGUCCUCCAGUACAGCUCUGCCACUGAGGCGCUGCAGAACUGCCCCAUGUUUCAGUAGGAUGAGAACACAUGGAGUGUGAGGGCGCUCACACAGACUGUCCUUUACUGUGAGGAAGGUAUCUGAUUCUUCCUCAGUCAGCAGUGUGCCUGUCCUCCGUGAUGACCUCUGACAUGUAAAGACACUUAUUGAUCCUCUCGUAACACAUCAGCAGAGACGAAGGUCCUCUCUGUGUUUACACAAUUGUCAUCAGACAAAAGUUAUCAAAAUGCCCACUGAAAACGAUGCAUUCAUGUCAUGUCGUGUUAUUUUAAGCUUAUGUUCUUGAAUUGGCUGAAUGUUUUUAUGACUGAUCAGGUCCGCUUGUCUUUUGCAUGCAUCCUAAAUGCAUAAAUACUGUAUAUAUACAGAAAAAAAUACUGUUGAUCAAUAAAUUUUUAGCUGAAUUUUAAC